AACACAAAAUUUUCUCAAAUCUCUAUGAAAUCAAAUCAAUAAUUCAAUGAGAUAAGAGAAUCUUGAUCCCUCCAUCUUCCCAUCCCUUCAAUUGAACUAACUUUAACAGUACCCAACAAAAAUCCAACUCAUUUUUUCACCUUUUCAGCAAUAAAAAUUGAAUCUUGAAUUCUUGAUAACAUUGUUUUCUUGUUUUUUUCCCUUAAAAAUCAAAUCUUUUUUACUUUCCAUAGAUAAAUUUGUCUUCUUGUUCUUGAUUAUUAGUUAAAAAUCAAAUCUUUUUUGUAGUUUUCUCAAUGCAACCCUCAAAUCUUCUUCCUAUUUCUAACCCCAAUUCACCACCUUCAAUGUUGAUUCCAACAUCCUCUGCUACUGCUGACACAAUGUUAGUCAGAUCAGAACCCCAUAUUAUACCCUCAUCUUCUUCAUCAACCAUACUACUUGUUCAAGAUGACGAUGAUUCAAAGAUUGAGACAAAACCCCUUCUUACUAGAGCUUUUAGUUACUCUUCUUCGUCGUCUUCGUCGUCCAAUUUAGUUAUGCAGCAGAGGAGGCGCCGGAUUGCCAGUGCAAAUUCCCUUUUGUCUGGAGCUGUUGAGGGUUGUCGCAGAGAAAUGGGAAGGGCUGCUUCUGAUACUUAUGUUGUAACUAGGCUUAGCUUUAGACUCUUGCGAUAUCUCGGGGUAGGGUACAGAUGGAUUGCCAGGUUUCUUGCCCUUGGCUGUUAUGCUAUGCUGCUUAUACCUGGUUUUAUUCAAGUUGGAUAUUACUAUUUCUAUUCCAGUCAAGUACUUAGAGGCAUUGUUUAUGGUGAUCAACCGAGAAAUAGGCUAGAUCUAUACCUGCCGAAAAAUAUGAACGGGCCAAAGCCAGUUGUUGCAUUUGUAACAGGUGGAGCAUGGAUCAUUGGCUACAAAGCUUGGGGUUCUCUUCUAGGACAACAAUUGUCAGAAAGAGACAUUAUUGUGGCAUGCAUUGAUUACAGAAAUUUUCCUCAGGGAACAAUUAGUGACAUGGUUAAGGAUGCUUCUCAAGGUAUCUCCUUUGUUUGUAACAAGAUAGCUGAAUAUGGAGGUGAUCCGAACAGAAUUUACUUAAUGGGACAAUCCGCUGGUGCACAUAUUGCUACAUGUGCUCUCUUGGAGCAGGCAAUCAAGGAGACUGGUGCCGAACCGAGAGCUUCUUGGAGUGUCUCCCAAAUAAAGACAUAUUUUGGUCUAUCUGGCGGGUAUAAUAUCCUUAAGCUUGUUGAUCACUUCCAUAGCCGAGGUUUGUACCGUUCCAUUUUUCUAAGUAUAAUGGAAGGGGAACAAGGUCUGAAACAAUACUCACCAGAAUUAAUGGCUCAGGAUCCAAACACAAAAAAUGCUGUCUCUCUUCUUCCUCCUAUGGUCCUUUUCCAUGGUACCGCAGAUUAUUCCAUUCCGUGUGAUUCCAGCAAGAGUUUUGCUGAUACUCUUAAAGCUCUCGGUGUCAAAGCAGAAUGUAUCCUCUAUGAAGGAAAGACACAUACAGAUUUGUUUCUUCAGGAUCCAAUGAGAAGUGGAAUAGAUGAUAUGUUAGAUGAUCUAAUUACGCUGAUUCAUGGUGAUAGCUCUGAAACCAUCAGAGCAAAUUCGACUCCAAGAAAAUGACUUGUACCUGAGUUCAUGUUGAAGAUGGCUCGAAGUGUUAGCCCCUUUUAACGAUCAUUCUACUACUGUACCAUAAUCCAUUGUGUUCAAUUGGAUCAUUUUGAGCUCGAUGAAUCGCCAGAGCUUUCGAUUAGAUUAACUUUGAUCCUCUUAUUCCUUGUUUUAGUUAGUUUAAAGUGGACUUGCUAACAAAAGUAGCCAUACAAAUAGGUUAUUCUUGGAAGGAAAAAAAACCUUCAUUCAAUUAUUCUUAUUGUAAUAUACUU